AUACUCCAAUCACGUCGACCCAAUCCCACAAUUAUCAACCUAAAAGAAGGUUCCCAGAAAAUAUAUCACCUCUACUAGUUAAGAGAAAAUGCUUGGCAUUAAUUAUUCCCAUAUGAUUAAAUUACCACACUGCAUCUUAAUAUAGAAGAGAAAAGGCUGAAACUUUAGCAAUGGAUGAUGGAGGGUCACUACCAACAAGUGUUGUGAAUCAGAAUGGAGUACAUCAUCCAAGUGAUCCAAGGUACCAAAACAAAAUGGGGCAUUGGAUGGAAGAGAUGAGAGGUUCCCUUAUGGUGGUAGCCACAGUUAUUGCAACAUUGACUUUCCAAAUUGCCAUAAACCCACCAGGGGGUGUUUGGCAAGCAGACACAGAUAGCCAAAACGGUUGUGCUUCUGGUAAAACAUGCAAAGCGGGUACUUCAGUUUUAGCCUUUGGUGACAGUGACCAAAAGUUGAGAUAUGAAAUUUUCAUAUUGUUAUGUACCAUAUCUUUCUCUGCAUCUCAGACCAUUAUCCUAUUACUUAUUUGUGGAAUUCCCCUACGAAACAAGUUGGUUAUGUGGUUUCUCAUAAUAAUUAUGUGCAUCUCAGUGAUUUGCACUGCAGGAGCCUAUGUGACUUCUAUUUGGAUGUUGUUGCACCCUCUUGACAAAACAAUUUAUCGCAUCACCCUUUACUAUGCAGGAUUUUGGGUGGUCUUAAUUGCUUUGCUGUGUCUGGUACUCUUCCUGCGCCUUCUGUUUUGGAUACUCAAGAAGUUUUGCCGCCUUUUGUGUUGCUGCCACUGA